CUUGGAACGUGAACGUCCCAUCUCCUUCUUCUUGAUUCCAUUAGCUAUCAUAAAAAUCCGGUUGUGAAUAAACCAAUGGAUUCCUCCUAUUACGUUGGGUUUUCGGAAAACGAGGAGCCACACUUUCUAGAAUCUUGCUCUCUUUGUCGCAAAGCCUUAUCUAUCAACUCCGACAUUUUCAUGUACAGAGGAGACAUGGCGUUCUGUAGCCAAGAGUGUAGGCAAGAACAGAUUGAGUAUGACGAAAUUAAAUCAAAGAGCUGGAGAAAAAAGUCGUCGUCCAGAUGGAAACCGUCUGAUUCGAAAGAUUCGGUCGCCGGCGAAACCAUACGGACAAAAACUCUCAUCAUGGCUUAGUUAGCUGACCUUUGUAGAUUAUAUUGGAGGAUGUGGAGCUUAAUAAAUAAAGAAAAAGAGAGAGAGAGAGUUAGAACGGAGAAGCCAACGUAUAUUACUAGCUGUGAUGUUUUUGUUCUCUCUCUCUCUGCUUACAUUUUUGGUUUAAUUCUGGGUUUUUUUACCACUGAGAAACGAGAAAAGGUAUUUGUGUGUGUUUCUUGAUGAUUCUCUUCGUUUAAAGAGAAAGAAAAU